AUGACGCAAUCAUAGUUCAUUGGCAACGUAGCAUAAACUGGAGGAGCAUUAUAUGCUGUAUCAAAUUCUAAUAUAAGCAUAUCAUACUGUAGAUUCGAAUAAAAUUAGGCUACUAAAUCUGCUGGUGCAAUAUAUGUCUCAACUUAGUCAAUCAUAAAGAUUAUAGGCAGUUCAUUUUAAGAAAACAAGGCUGAGGAAAAUUCAGCUCUUGAAAUUUUAAACACAUUUAUUAAGGAAAAUGUCACAAUUACUAAUUGCGAUUUCUAGGAUAACUAUUCCUAAAAAAAUACUAUAUCAAUGAUUUAUGCAAAUGGGAUAUUUAAAGAUCUGAUUUUCAAGGACAAUUAUGCUAAAUAAAGAUCCAAAAAUUUGCUCUUGGGAUUCGUCAAUAUUACUAUUCUUAAUACUUUAUUUCAGAGUAAACAGCUGAGCAGUAGUAUUGCUUUACAAAAUGAUGAAACUAUUGGUUCAUUUAUAUUUUUGAUAUUUGAUGUUAUAAUGGAUAUUGAUAAUUGCUAGUUUAAAAAUGGGGCUUCAAAAUUUGGCGGUUCUAUGUACAUUUCAGGAGAUAGUAUUAUCCGAAUUACAAAUUCUCAAUUUACAAAUAAUAAUGCUUAUUCGAAGGGUGGUGCUAUCUAUUCAUCUGGUUUUAAAAGUAUCUACAUUGGAGAAGGUACAUUAUUCAACAAUAACUCUGCACUUGAUAGUGGUGAAGAUAUUUAUAUCACAAAUUCUAUUAAUAUCUUAACCCUCGAUAAUGUCAUUUUAUCAAACUUAAAUUCAAAGAAUUCGAUAUAUAUUGAAUAGGCUGUUUUGCAUGCAUAAAAUUUGAUAAUAAAAGAUAUAAAUCAAAAUAAAUUAUCAAAGAGAGGAGCUGGAUUAUUUUGUAAUUUUUGUAAUGGGCUUCUAAUAAAAACUUCAUAAUUCAUAAAUUUGAAAAGCACAGAAGGCGGAGCAAUCUACAUAACAGAGAUAGACUUAAACAAAGGAAUCACAUAGGAACAAAAAAAUGAAAAGUUUGUUAUUUAAAACUCUUAAUUUCAUAAUUGCACAUCAGAGAUUGGUGGUGCCAUAAAUGCAGAUAAUCCUCAAUCUCUUAAAAUAAUUAAUUCUACUUUUAUUAAUAACAAAGCGAAAGUAGAUUAAGAUAGCCAGUUUUAAAUAAAAAAUAAAGGCUCAGGUGGGGCAAUAUAUUAUACUUGCAAUGCUUAAUUGCUAAAUUCAAAAGAUGAUUACUUUAUAAGGCAACUUUAAGAAGUAAACACUUCUUCAAAUGAUAUAGAAUCCUAAAGGAGUGGAGGUGUUAUUCCUACUAUAUAUAUGGCCCUUAAGGAUUAAUAUGGGUAGAUAGUUGGAUCAGAUUUUUCUAGUAAGGGCACUCUCUCCUUCGAUAUAAUAGGAGGUAUCGCAGUAAUAUAAUAAAUAUCAAUUGUUGGAAAUCCUGGUAGCUCUUACAAGCUUUUAGUUACAACAGAUGGAAUAGAUUUGACUAAGAAAUCAAAUAAGGAUAAAAUGAAUGAAAAAGGUACUUAAAAUCUAGAUUUUGAUUUAAAAGUUGAGUUAAGAGAAUGCGAGAUUGGAGAAUAAUUUACUGCUGUUGGAAAAUGCUUGAAAUGUGAGAAGAGUUUUUCAUUAGUAAAAAUGACAUCUCCAGGUUUUUGUGAAAAUUGUCCUACUGGAAAAGCUAUCUGCAAUGGAGGAGCUGAAAUAGGCCCACAACCAGGAUUUUGGAGAAAAGAUAAUUAAUCUAAGGUAUUCGUAUAAUGUCUUUUUGAAUAAGCCUGCUUAGGUAUGAUUCCACCCAAAAACAAUCCUUUAGGAGAAUGUUUACAAGGAUAUUAAGGUAUACUUUGUGCUGAUUGUAUAAGUGGCUAUUCUAGGGAUAAUGAUUACUAGUGUGCCUUAUGUCCUGAGACUGCUCUAAAUACAUUAAGAUUGAUUACGAUUUUCAUAGCAUGUGUUAUUCUUGUUGUUCUCAUGAUAAGAUCAACUUUGAGAGGUGCAUAAGAUAUCAAUAAUGUUACAAGCAUUUACCUUAAAAUCUUGCUUAACCAUUUCUAACUGAUCCUUAUGACAGCUUCAUUUGAUUUUUAAUGGUCCUAGCAAAUAGUUAGUUUUUUCACUACAACAAAAUAAGUUGCAACAUAAUCAACUUAAAUCUUUAGUUUCGAUUGCUUCUUAGACACUGGAGGUGAAAGUAAAGGUUCACAGAUGUCAAGAAUAUUCUUUUAAAAAUUAGUUAUUAUAGCAUUACUUCCUUUCCUACUAGCUAUUAUUUGUUCAUUAAUUUGGAAUAUCUACAAGAAAAUAAUGAAAAAUUAAGUAUAAAUUGGAGGUAAGAUAAUGUCAAGUUUAGUUAUCUUACUUUUCUUGGUACAUCCAAGUUUAGUCACAUACUCAUUUAAUGAUUUUAAAUGCAAAGAUAUUGAUAGCUAAUACAGAGUAUAAGAUGAUUUAGAAAUCAUUUGCUGGUCUCCAGAGCAUACAUUUUACAGUUAUUUCGUAGCACUUCCCUGUAUCAUAGUAUGGGGGCUAGGAAUACCAUUUUUUGCAUUGGCUAUUCUAAUGAGAAAAAGAAAGAAAUUAGAUAGCUUUGAAAUUAGAUAAAGAUUUGGAUUUCUGUAUAGAGGAUAUAGAAAAGAUUAUUAUUAUUGGGAAAUUGUAAUAAUGUAUAGAAAAAUCCUAAUUAUUUUUACAGCAGUGUUUAUUAGCAACUUUGGAAUAGUAGCAUAAGCACUAAUCGUAUUCUUUAUUCUCAUCAUAUUUUUAAUGAUUAAUUUUAAGAAAUAGCCAUUUAACACCCUUAUACUCAAUGAUUUGGAAACUUUAUCCUUAAUUACAUCAAUGAUUACAAUUUACUGUGGACUAUUUUUCAUCCUAAAUAAGCCUAAGGAAUGGAUAGAAGAAAAUCCUGAUUAUGCAAGAGGCUCAGUAUCAUUAUCUACUGGCUUCUAAAGAUUAUUUUUCGCUUUAAUUUUGGUCUCAAAUUUGCUAUUUUUUACAUACUGGUCUCUUAGAAUGUAUGAGGAGGGAAAAGCCAAAUUCAGGGAGAAAUUUACUAAGAUCUAUUUAGCUUUAUUCUUGUGCUUUAAUCAAACUAAACUGGAAGCCGAAUUUAUAGCGUAUGAUAUUGAAUAGCAAAAUAUUAACUACUAUCAAUAAUUAAAUAGGCAACUAAAGUUAAUAAAGAAGCGAUUUAGAAAUGGAGAUCUGAAAUUAAAUAAAAAUAACAUAGAAAGACUAUUGAUCAAUCUUAGUUUAGAAUAAAUAGAAAAGCUAGUGAAACCUAGACAGAAUGAAAUCAUUGAUGCAGAUCAUUUUUAAAGAGAGCAGAAAAGGCUUCUUCAUCGUAAGUAUUCCUCUAAAAUAGAGCAGACUAAACAUUCUUUCCUUGGAUAAGCAAAUGAUAAAAGUUCAAAAAAAUUUUCAGCUUUAGAACAAUAGAUGGAAUAAAACGGAAUUGAUCCUUUUGAAGAUAUAAGCUAAUAUUAUCGAGAUGAUGAUAGUAGGAUUUAAACAAUGUAGACUGAGGAUUCUUAAUUGGAUUUAAAUUUCGAAAUAAAUUCCUAAGAUGCAAAAGUAAGAAGAUAAAACUUGAAAUAUAGCUAACUUGGAGUAUCCAUUAAUUUCUAGAAUAAAAAAGAUUUUUAAUUAGAAAAGGGUUUUAGAUAUAACAGGUUUAAGAAAGAUAAAAUAAGCUAAUUGUAAAAGGCAAAAUAAAAUAUAUCAAUAUCCUAAACAAACCUAAAUAAUGAUGUCAAUCCUUCAGCCUAGGAUAAUCAGGAACAAAAUAAAAAAUCACUCACAAAAUUAGAAAAUAAGAUCUAAAACAACUAACUGUUAUCUAUAAAGAGAGAUGGUCCUUCAAUGCCUUAUCAGACAUCACUAAUAGAUUAGUAAAACAGAAAGGCACAAUUCUCACCUCUUAUAAUGAAAAACUAAUAAGCCUUACAAUUUGAAUCUUCAAACUAAAUCUAAUUAGAGUUUCUAUAAGAAAAUCUUAGUUCUAAUGAUUAAAAUUCUGGUAUCUACGAAGAAAUCGCAGAAGAAGAACUAUUUCAAUAAGCUGAGGAGUUUCUGAAAAUUUAGAAUGAAUAUAAUCAGAAAAAAAAGUAAGAGUAUAUCCAAAUUUCAAAAAAAUAUAAAAAAAACAACAAGGUUGGUGUGAAAAAGGAAAAGUCUUCAAUGAUAAAUGACUCAAAAGUAAUCAAUACUGUAAUUUAGAUAUCUUAAAAUAAGGAUUUGUUAGAAAAUUUGAGAACUACUAGACAAAUGCAAAAGAAGGCACAAUCAGAAUAUAAAGAAUAGCAACUAAAUAUUGAAUUUAUUGAUGAUGAUGGAUCAUCAGAAAAUCACUCUACUAAUAGUUAAAAUUUAAGAUAGGACAAGCUUCAAACAGAUUAUAAAGAAUAAGAAGUUAAAGAUGUUUCUAGCUCAGGAGUUGAUUAAAUUGAUUAUGAAUAAGAAGAAGUUGUCUAUGAUGAUGAGAAUCUCAUUAUUUUUUCGAAUAGAGAAGAUUAAAUUUAACAACAUUAAACUAAGGCUUUUAGACCAACAAAAUCUUUUAUAAUAAAACAUAGCAAGCACAAACCUUAAAUAUAAUUAACAGAGAUAGCAAGUUCUAAUAUAGAGGACAUAACUUAAAAAGAGUAGAUUACCAUACAAGAUUAAAAAAAUAGUUAGGCAGAUCUUGAUGAAAUGGUUUUAGAGCUAAUAGACUACACCUCAAGUUCAGAAUAGGCAUUUGAUAACAAUAAAAAAAUGGAUUAAAGUAAAAAUCUUUCGUCAAUUGACAAUAAUAAUAAUAGUAAUGAUUCUUAAAAGCUAUUAUCUUCUCAAAAAUGA